GUUCUUCUUUUUACCUGAAAAAAACUCGCAGAAGGUUUUGGCCGCUCUCCCAGCUCGAUCGGUGCAGCAGUCAGCAAGUCUCUCUCUUUCGAAGAAAUUUUUGAGAUUAUUGAAAAUAAGUUGACGAUGAGUGGAAAUAAAGAAGAGAGUGAGGUUGAAGUGAAGAGCGUGUUCAUAGGAGCAGGAUGCAACAGAGUAGUGAAUAACGUUUCUUGGGGCGCCUCUGAUUUGGUUUCCUUCGGUUCCCAGAAUGCUGUCGCUAUUUUCUGUCCCAAGACUGCUCAGAUUCUGACCACACUUCCUGGUCACAAGGCCUCUGUCAACUGCACUCACUGGAUUCCAAGCACAAAGUUUGCUUUUAAAGCAAAACAAUUAGACCGUCAUUACCUGCUUUCUGGAGACACUGAUGGUGCUAUUAUUCUAUGGGAGUUAACUCUUGCAGACAAAAAGUGGAGGCAAGUGUUGCAGUUGCCACAAUCACACAAGAAGGGGGUUACAUGCAUAACUGGAAUUAUGGUUUCUGAAACAGAUGCAAUUUUCGCAUCGACUUCUUCUGAUGGUACAGUUUAUGUGUGGGAACUGGUCCUACCUUCUACUGCUGGGGGUGAAUGUAAAUUGUCAUGUCUGGAGACCCUAUUUGUUGGUUCAAAGCCUAUGGUGGCUCUUUCGUUGGCAGAAUUGCCUGGAAAUUCUGGGCAUAUGGUCCUUGCUAUGGGGGGAUUGGAUAACAAAAUUCAUCUUUACUGUGGGGAGAGGACAGGAAAGUUUGUUCAUGCUUGCGAUUUGAAAGCACAUACAGAUUGGAUCAGGAGUUUGGACUUCUCAUUGCCCAUAUGUAAUGACGAAGCAAACAGCAUCCUGCUUGUAAGUUCGUCUCAGGACAAAGGCAUACGCAUAUGGAAGAUGACCCUUAGGGGUUCACUGACCAACAACCAGGGUACAUAUAGGAAAGAGGAAAUAAGCCUGGCAUCUUAUAUUGAGGGUCCUGUACUUGUUGCUGGCUCUUCCUCCUAUCAGAUAUCUUUAGAGUCUCUCUUAAUUGGACAUGAAGAUUGGGUGUAUUCAGUGGAGUGGCAGCCCCCUUCAAUUACUUCUGUAGAAGAAACUACCUACCAUCAACCACAAAGCAUUCUGUCUGCUUCAAUGGACAAGACAAUGAUGAUCUGGCAACCUGAAAGGAAAACUGGUAUCUGGAUGAAUGUAGUCACUGUUGGGGAGUUAAGUCAUUCUGCUCUAGGAUUUUAUGGGGGCCACUGGAGCCCAGAUGGAAAUGCAAUUCUAGCACAUGGAUAUGGUGGGGCUUUCCAUCUAUGGAAAAAUGUUGGUGUUGAUGUGGAUCAUUGGCAACCACAGAAAGUUCCAUCUGGGCACUUUGCUGCAGUGACGGAUAUUGCAUGGGCGAGGUCUGGAGAAUACAUGGUAUCAGUUAGUCUUGACCAGACAACUCGUAUUUUUGCUCCAUGGCAAAACAGUGCUUCUCUCACAGACGAGGAAUCCUGGCAUGAAAUUGCUCGCCCUCAGAUUCAUGGCCAUGACAUCAAUUGUGUGACCAUCAUCCAAGGAAAGGGGAACCAUCGUUUUGUUGGUGGAGCUGACGAGAAAGUUGCUAGAGUGUUUGAAGCUCCUUUAUCUUUUUUGAAGACACUGAAUCUUGCCACUUGUCAAAAGUCUAGUUUUCCUGAAAACCUUCAACUUGAUGUUCAGAUUUUAGGUGCAAAUAUGUCCGCUCUUGGCCUGUCUCAGAAGCCUAUUUAUGUUAACACUGUGCAGGAGACUCCAGAAAGGAAUGAGAAUGAUGGUCUCGAUACCCUUGAAAGCAUUCCUGAUGCAGUUCCAGUUGUGUUCACUGAACCUCCCAUUGAAGAUCAGCUGGCAUACCACACAUUAUGGCCAGAGUCGCACAAACUUUAUGGUCAUGGAAAUGAGCUUUUUUCCCUAAGCUGUGAUCACGAGGGGAAGCUUGUCGCUUCCUCGUGUAAGGCCCAGUCUGCCAUGGUAGCAGAAAUAUGGCUAUGGCAAGUGGGCUCCUGGAAGGCAGUUGGUCGUUUGCAGGCACAUAGCUUAACAGUGACACAAAUGGAAUUCUCUCGUGAUGACAGUAUGCUUUUGGCUGUGUCAAGAGAUAGGCAGUUCUCCGUUUUCACAAUCAAAAGAACAGGCACAGAUGAAGUUAGUUAUCAGCUUCUAGCAAGACAGGAGGCACACAAGAGAAUUAUAUGGUCUUGUUCCUGGAACCCGUUUGGUCACCAAUUUGCAACUGGUUCCAGGGACAAGACAGUGAAGAUCUGGGCCGUAGAGCAAGACUCAUCAGUUAAACAGAUGAUGACUUUGCCACAGUUCAGCAGCAGUGUCACUGCCCUGUCAUGGGUCGGUAUUGAUCGUCAAAGUAAUCAUGGGCUUCUUGCUGUUGGAAUGGAAAAUGGACUCAUCGAAUUGUGGAGUCUUACCACCAACAAGAGUGCAGCUGCCAAUCUUGCAGUCCGGUUCGAUACUUCAUUGUGCCAUGUGUCUUCAGUGAAUCGACUGUCAUGGAGAAACCCUGAAAAGAGUGAAGAACGCAGGCGAAUGCAACUGGCUUCUUGUGGAGCUGAUCAAUGUGUGAGAGUGUUUGAUGUGAUUACUAAGUAAACAAGUUAUUAUUUUUUUCUUAUCUCUUAACAAUUUUUUAUGUAUCAAUUAAUGACACGUUCUAAUUUCCUAA